AUGGAGUCAGCCUUGGAGCAAGCAGUUCCUACAACAGUUAGAUAUGUGGAAGAACUGUCUCACCCCAUUCAAGAGUUUUGGUCUCACCUCCGAGACCCAGAGAGAUCUGCAUCUCGAUGGGCCACCGCAUGUUUAUCGGAAUUGUAUGCAUUGUUCUCUGUCACUAGAGCACUCUGUAUCGAUUUCUGGCUAUUAGCUUCCGCAACGGAAGGAGGAACCGGAAUCGCUUUCAUAGAUAGCUCCCAAACGGCUCUGGUAUCCUUGGCACUUGUCGCCGCUGUAAUUGCGACAUUCUCUAUGUUUAUAACCAACCGUUAUGGGCUUCAUAGACAGAUCUGUGGUGUCAUCGUCAUUAUCUGCACGUUGAUUCAAGGAGCGCUCUGUCUCACGGCUCUAAUAACGUUUGAGAUGAGAAGAGCACGUGUGGAAGGCUCUUCCUCUUCUCAAGGAUGGAUAUCGAAUUUACUCUCAAUACCAGCCAGCUGGUUUGCUUGUACGCUUUGCUGUAUAAACUAUCACGUCUCGAAAUUCAAGGACUAUGACAUUCCCAUUCGAGACAAACGACUGAUAGCUGCUGCAGCCUUUGCAAUUUAUAUGAUAAUAUUUGGUGGUAUCGUCUUCCACUUUAUGGAUGCCAUCCCAUUCGACGCCUCCUAUCAGUUUGCAUUGGUCACACUUUUGACGAUUGGCUAUGGAAAUGUUGUCAUUCAGUCUGUUGGAGGGAGGGCUUUCCUGAUCCUCUAUUCUCUAGUUGGCUUGAUCAUCAUUGGCAAUUUCUUGCUAACUAUACAGGAGAUAAUGGUCGAGAGCGCAGACUUUGAGACUCGAAAACACUUUGAACGUAAACGUAGGCGGCGUGAAGAACGAGCUGCCAAACGCAAGAGAAGAUUAGACAAGAUUGCCCAACAACGAAGAUUGUUAGAAGAAAAGUAUGGUCUUGAGAAGCUAGCUACCGCACCCGUCCAACAUAAAUCAUACAUGAUGCUGGCGAUGGAGUACAUGGGCUACGACACUCCUGAUGUAGUGGACCCUUUCACCGGCAUUAAGGUGUCCGACUGGAACGACGCAUCUGCUAUCGAGGCAAUGGGCUAUGAAGGAGGUCAAACUAGACCAUCAGAUGCUUCCAUCAGCAAUAUCCCAUCCUUCAAUAUGAAGCUCGUUGAUAUCGACUAUCCAAUGGAUACUGCUCAUCCAGACAUUGCAUCUACACCAGUAGAUAUAGGCUUUGAUUAUCCUGUAGAUUCCUCCCCUCCUUCAGAUUUCGUAAUUUCUGGAGCCAAACCGGAUCAACUCCAAAUACCCGAUUCUGGGAACAACAUCAGGCAACAAGGCCUGCCAUUUCAAGAGAUGCCAGAUCCCACUUCACCCGAUAAUAGUUCCAAUGUCGAUUUUGGAGUUCCACUGUCUUCUACUCUGACUUUAACUGAUGGUAUUUCUUCUGUUGAUGAAGAGGAACGAAAAGAAAAGGCAGAAGAAAAGGCAAUGGAAGCUCGACGAUUUCGGCAAAUCGUCUUCUGGUUGUUGACUUAUUGGUUGCUCGGCUCUCUGGUUUUUGAACGUAUAGAGGGAACCUGGACCUAUAGCGACGCAACUUACUUUACCUGGUCAACUAUCACUACAAUCGGUUAUGGCGAUCUGAUACCACAGUCGCCGUGGUCAUGGGAGUUCUGGAAUAUCUUUGUGUUUUUGGAGGUCGGCAUUCUCUCGUACCUUUUGGGUCUCGCAGGCAACAAAUUAGGUCGACGAUUUGCAAGGGGUGCCGAGCAAGCCGAGAAAUGGAGACAAGCCCGCGAAAAUGCUCGACGAGGAGAUGCUGAGACACCCAGUCCUGACAAUGUCGUAGAUGAAACCGCCCAAAACCAACCAGAAAGGGCUUUCCCAGGUCUUCCGUAUGAGGCUUUAGCACAGGACAACUCGACUGACGAUGAUGCUGAAGAUGUUCCUCCUCGGCCGAGUCACAACGAAAGAGCAUCGAAACGGUCAAGUCUUCCGGCCAGCAUUGCCGGUUCAUACCGAGCGCAAACACAACCACGUAAACAGAGCCAGCCACGCAAGGCUUCCCUCGCCACGGAUGCUGAAGAAUACGGUGAAGAUCUGGUUGCUUUGGCAGAAUGGGAUUCUGAGCAAAAUACACGAGAGAAACAAGAGUCGGAACGCUUCCACCGAGAGCUGGAAGCAAACAAGGAUAUAAUCAGAAGGAUUUCUCAGAAUAGAGGUGCCAGAGCUGCCAAUGCUAUCAAGGGGUCGUCGCCAAAGUCUGGUAGUCAAGAGAAAUCUAAUCCAGCAUCUGAAAGUGAGAAUAUGAGACCGCCGCCAGAGUGGGACUAUAUCGGCUGA